AUGCGUCCCUCACGUCGUCCGGGUUCCAUUGCCAUUGCCAAUCUCAAUGCCAGCAGCGGGGAGCUGAGCCCCUCCGAUAGCGAGGAUGCGGCCGCGUCCGCUCCUGGCCAGCCCGUUGGUGGUGCGGCUGACGAAGCUGACGACGUGAUUGGGGUGAGCAUGAACUACGUCCAGAGCCGUCUUAAGGCGCGCUCAACCCCCGCUGAGGAAAGGAGUCGCAUCAUGGAGCGCAAUGGUGGUUAUUUCGACGACCCAGACGGCCUCUUUGCGCCGGAAAUCACGGAAGAGCCUGAGGACUUUGCGGAUGCUGCCAAUGUAGCCUAUGCAGGGGAGAAGGCCGAUAAGGAGGACAGCGCAAAGACCUCAGCAGCCAUGGGUUCGAAAGAAGGGGCUGGCGGUGGUUCGCGGUCCAGCUUCACCCGGUCACUGUUGAUGAGCACGCUACCGCUAAGACCUCGAGCGUGGUCCGGGGAUAGUUCGACGGGUUAUCGCGGCUUGAAAAAGUUCUUUCCGUCGCUGCAUUUGCGGACGGCGAGUUUGGCGCCGCGGAGGCCGCGCAGUUGGUCGUCGAAGCUAAACCUGGAGCAGGAGACUUCGCCUGCUCCUGCAUCUGCGGCUUCGAGGUCGCCCGUGGCAGCGUUUCCCAGCCCUGAUUCACCAGUCACGAAUGGCGCGACGGCUGGUGUGCCGGCAGAAGAUCCCAUUGGGGAGUUGAAGCCGUUGCAAGCUCCGUCUGCAAAGACACCAGGUAAACAUUCGUUUGUGCGUUCAAACAAUGCACUCCGGCGAUCAUCCUCGGACCAAUCUUUGUACCUACGAGCUUCCUCCACGGCCUCAUCGCUCGAGCAUCGUCCUCAAUACGAGCAUAUCCAUUCUCAGACGAAUAGCCGGUUCAAAGCUAUCAAGGAUACCUUGCAGGAUUCUAGCAGUCGGCUGUUGAGUAUGCCGAGUCUUCACUUCCAGGACCUGCGCAGUGAUUGGGGGUACAAGCAGUUCCUCUCAGAUGCCUCUCAUCGGAGGUUGGAGACCAAUGCUACCGACGAUACAUUUGGCUCGACAGCGACGUCGGCAACGCCAUCCGAAAUUCGUGCCCUUGCCGAGGAGGCUCCGCCGCCACGAACUAGAUCGCCCCGCUCAAGCGUAGCUGCGACUUAUCCUAUGCUCUACGAUGCCAUGAGCGAAUUAACCGGAGAUGUUGUGGUGAUGGGAGGCUACCGAGGCUCGAUCCUGCGAUCCGCCAAGCCGCCGCACCGGCAGCUCUGGGUGCCGAUGAAGGUCGGCUUGAAUCUCCGCAAAGUCGAUCUCGAGGUCGGUCUGACACGUGAAGACGAAGAGCGCAUGGAGGAGACGAUCAUCCCCGACGGGGUCCUCUCGCACAUCGGCCCGGUCGACAUUUGCCGCCGUCUUCUCAAACGGCUGCAAAAAUGCGAAAACACCGUCCGCGGCGACCUCCGCGUCCACAAUUAUGGAUACGACUGGCGCCUUAGCCCGCAUCUUCUCUCGCAGCGCCUAAUCCGCUACCUCGAGGGACUUCCAUGUAACGCGCCAGACGUGCCGCCGCACAAGCGAGGCGCAUGGGUUAUCGCCCACAGCCUGGGCGGUCUUAUCACCCGCCACGCCGUGAACCAACGGCCAGAGCUCUUCGCGGGCGUUGUUUAUGCCGGUGUGCCUCAGCACUGCGUCAACAUCCUUGGACCCCUUCGCAACGGCGAUGACGUACUCCUCAGUUCCCGCGUCCUCACAGCGCAGGUCAAUUUCACUUUCCGGACUAGUUUCGCCCUCCUUCCCGAAAAGGGCCACUGCUUCAUCAACAAGCACACAAAGGAAGAAUACCGCCUCGACUUUUUUGAUCCGGAGGUCUGGGACGAGUACCGCCUCUCCCCAUGCAUUAACCCACCACUCCCCGCGCCAACGCCGGCCCGCACCGGCUCCUCUUUAUCUUUAAAGGACAAGAAUGUCCCUAUGCGCAAGCGCUUCUCAACCAUGCUCUCCAAUUCAUCCAUCACCUCAACAGACGAAGCAGACCUCUACACCUCCACACCAAACUCAACCGACAACUCCUCCAGCACGACUGGUGUUCAACAACACCUCAAGCCCUCGCACAUCAUGCCAACAGGCGAAGGCCUCGUCGGUCCCACUGCAAAUCCGAAGGGCUCCUCCUCCAUCUCACCCACCCAACAACCCGUCACAAUCCCUCCCGAAGCCGCGCGCGCGUACCUAAAGCGCACACUCGCGGAGAUCGCCGCAUUCAAGCACGAAACCCUGCACAACGCACAGCACCAGGAAUCCAAUAAAUACCCGCCCUUCGCCGUGCUGUACUCUAAAUGCGUUCCCACCGUCUACGGCGCGCGCGUCACCUCCCGCGAGGCGAUCAAGCGUGCAGACGCUUACGAUGACCUAGCCUUCGCGGCUGGCGACGGUGUCUGUCUCGCCAGCGCGGCCAUGCUUCCACACGGGUACAAGGUGAUCCGCGAUGGCCUCGUCAAGUCGGAGCGCGGGCACGUGGGGUUACUGGGCGAUUUGGAGGGAAUCGGGGUGUGUCUACGGGCAUUGGUGAAAGGGCGGCGGGAAGGCGUUGGCAUUUCAUCCUCGCCUUCGCCUUCAUCAGCUGCCACUUCCCCCACCCCUGUCUCUUCUCCCUCCCCUUCUGCUUUGUAG